UGUGACACACACAGGUCAUCUUCCCUCGAAGCUUCAAGCUUCUUUUGUCUUGGACAGCAAACAGAGAGUAACCUGGAGAAGGGAUGUCGGCUGCAGGGCUGUUAAUCGUGUUGCUGAGUCACCUCGUCCUUGUUUCUGGCGGACAGACAAACAUCACAGCUGAACCUGGACAUGACGUCUCUCUGCCAUGUAGAGUUAAACGUUAUUAUUAUGAAGGAGACAUCAGUGCUGUGAAGUGGACCAGACCUGAUCUGGAUCCACAAUAUGUUCUUUUGUAUGAAUAUAGGCGCCUUGAUCCAGACCACCAGCAUCCAUCUUUCCAGAACCGGGUGGAUCUUCAGGACAGACAGAUGAAGGAUGGAGACGUGUCUCUGAUUCUGAAGAAUCUGACGAUUAAUGAUACAGGAACAUAUGAAUGUGGAAUCCAUAGAAGAACACAGUGCAUAAUGGAAGGCUUAAUAAGUAUCUCCACCAUCCAUCUGGAAGUUUCUCCUCCAGGUACAACACAGGAUGGAGGAGACAAGGAUGGAGGAGACAAGGAUAAAAGGAACCAGGAUGGAGGAGACAAGGAUGGAGGAGACAAGGAUGGAGGAGACAAGGACUUAGGAGACAAGGAUGGAGGACAUUAUGGACUGAUUGUGGGUCUGUCAGCUGUAGUGAUCGUUGGGAUGGUUGUUGGUUUUUGGAUCUAUAAAAGAGUCCAGAAGAAGGACUGGGCUCCUCUUCCUGAGCUGCUCUGACUCAUCAGAUAAUCAGGGUGUUCUGCAGCAUCGUUCUCUGUCAUGGAGACGAUGAAACAUCAGCAGCAUCAACAUGUUUCAUCUCUGACUGAACUUCAUAGAAAUGUUCCAGAAACAAACCAAAGAAUCCAGAACGAAGACCAGAAAGAAACCAGAACCCAGUUUUAUUGGCAGUUCCAGAGUCCAUGAUUCUGGUUCAGGACCAUGUGAUCCGCCUCUCUGCAUCAGUCAUCUGACCCUCUUUGAAUUAUUGAGGAACUUCAGAGCUGUGAUGUCUGGAGCUUCCAGCUCCUGGUAUGUUUUCCACAUCAAACUGGUCGUGGGUGAGGAUGGACAGAAGCUGAUGUGGGCAGAAAGAUCUGAGAAUCUCAGACUGGAGGAGCCUUCAUCCUUACAGUCAUCAUCUUCAUCAAGCAGCAGGUUUAUGAGCAGAGAGGAAGGAGAAAAUGAAAGUUCAACAUUUUAUGUGUGAAAGCACCAACAGAUCAGGAGAAACACCAAAACUCGAUUUCCAGCCGAGACUGAAGAGAAAUUAUUAAUUUAGUUGAUGUUCAGAAGCAUUUUAAUAAUGUAGUUCCCAGUGAGAAGCCUCCCGGUUCCAGGUAGAGGUCCUGCAGCCUUUUCCAGAGUUAAUAUGUAGGAAGUUACUUUAACAAAAAAAGAAAAAACUACCUUUAACUGUGACGUCCUGCUGCUCAGUCCUACUCUGUGUAUCAGUCCUCUGUAGUGAGUGGAAACGGGUUAAAAGAAAAAGAAGAUGCAAGGUGUCUUAUUUGGUCCUAAAGACUCAUUUAUGCUCCUUUUAUGUACGUAAAUGGGUUUGUUAGUUUCAAACAUCACUGUCCUCAUGAUGAUCAUUCUCAGAAAGAGAUAUAAAAUAAGCAGUGCAGUAGAUGGAGGGUCUGAGAGGACCUUAAAUGCAGCACAGCUUCUUCUUCUUUGUUCCUUUUACUGGCUGCAUAUCAGCUGUACUGCUCAACGCUGCCCCCUGGUGUCCAGCAGAAGUGCUGUUCUAUCAGGUUACACAUCCACAAGGAUCCAAAAAUGGACCAAAUUAACACGUAAAAGAUCCAAAGAUGGAUGAAAUGGUUCGUAUCCGUCUUUUAGAUAGAGCAUAAAUGAGUCUUUACCCUUCAUUAGGGACUGUUUGGUCCUUUUAUGUCCUUUUUCUCUGAACUGUUGGUCAACAUUUUGGUUGUGUUUUCCCAUUUAUUUUUGUGAAAAAGUUUUUCUCUUGAAAAACUUGUAAAUUUCAGUGUCUAUUUUAUUUCAAGGUCAAAAUGAUAUCAGGAACAAAUUCAUUAUUCUUCUGGGUCAUCAGAGGACAAAAAGUCCCUUCUGAAAAAACUGUUCUGGAAACGUUACAGAAUUUUUUAUAGUUUUAUUUUCUCUAAAUCUGUCAAUCAAUAAAUCCUAACCAAAGAUCAAAAUACCAAUUUAAAUUCACAUGAUAGUUACUGCCUGAGGAUGAUGAACGCUGUUGUUUUUACAUAUUGAUCCAUGUGUGAUGUUUGUCUCUGGGGUUUGUGGUUGGCAUGAUGGGGGUGGGGGUCGGAUAACAUCUAAGUUAUUCUAAGGUACACCAGAAAGGAGUAACAUUAUGAUGGAGACGUGGAUUUCUUCUUCUGUCCAGCUGUAACGUUUCUGUAGAAAUGUCCAAACAUUUUCUUCUCUAGAUGUUUCAGAGUUUCUUUGUGUUGCUUCAUAACGUUUUUCUGAUCAUGGUGAGUUUCUAACAUGAAUAUUUCCUCACUGACAAAUGAAAAGGUGAUUAUAGACGAUCAAUAAUCUGUAACCCAUCAGAAAGUGGAUGAACUGGUCAGGUGUGUUUCAGAAUAAAGUGGAUUGUUGUGUGGA